CAAACCUGCUACAGUCAGAACCCAACAGAACCACACGUUGUUCUGGGAGUGGAUCGGACCGUUUACCAGCCGGUUUCAGGCUGAUUCUGUCCAACAGGUAAACGCACCUGUUGGACAGAAUCAGCCUCAGACACACAAAAGCAUGAAAACAAACACAACCCGACGUCAGAGCAGCCGUCUGUGGUUCUGGUUCCGACGGACGGACAGGAAGUGCAGUUUGAACAAACAGGAAGUCAAAGACAAACGUUUUCUCACAUCAGCUUUGAAUCGAUCAAAUGUCAGAGCAGGAAUUCAUCAGCAAAGUGCAGAUGGUCUGUGUGGUGGGUCUGAGGGUCUGAGGGCUCCUCUGAGGAUCACAUGAAGGUCUGUGACGCCUCCGUCCGUCCGGCUGCUUUGGAACCUGACUGGUGGACCUCCAGCAAUGUGUCCAGCAGCUAAAAAUACCUGCAGCAGCAGCAGCAGCAGCAGAAGAGUCGCAGCUCGACCUGCGGCUGCAUUUCCUCCUGCAGCUCUGCUCCGACAGACCCGAGGCUGCGUUCCGGUUCUGUCCUGCUUCAGCUGGACCCCCAGACCUUCAGUCCAGGUGCUUAGCUCGUCUUCAGGAGGUAGAACCAUCGACAAGGUUCAGACUCGGCAGAGAUCCGUCCUCGAGGUCGACCUUGAUGCUCAGAGAUCUGGAGGAUCUGGAACAGUGUCGGUUCCCCCUCAGCAGAACCUCGGACCUCCACCACCGCCUCCAUCAUGUGAACUGGACGUGGAGCUCUUCGUUUGAGACGGUUCUCUUACGGACGCUCUGCAGAACGUUCUCCUGAGGUUUCAGCUCCACGCUUUGGUCUGUGACCGACAGACGUUGUUCCGGGUUCUGAAGACGUUGACCCGCUUCACAUUCCAGAUUAUUCCUGGUGCUGAGGGGACUAAAGCCCAUCGGAGCUCCUCAGAGUUCCUCCUGCUCCGUGGUUCUGUUGGUUCUGUUGGUUCCGUAGCGUUUGGACAUGAGGGAGCUGCUUCCCGACCCGGCCAGACGCCAGAGGCAGCGGCUCACCAGCCUCCCUGCUCCUCCCGCCUCCUUCCCCAUCACCUCCUUCUCCAUCCACACCUCCAAGAAGUUCCCCUUCUUCCACGUGGUCAAAUGCUGCAGGUACGAGGCAGAGAACGCCUUCUUCUCCAGCCUGAAGCUCACCGACUUCAACAUCAUCGACACGCUGGGAGUCGGAGGCUUCGGACGGGUCGAACUGGUGCAGCUGAAGAGCGACGAGGCCAAAACGUUCGCCAUGAAGAUCCUGAAGAAGCGUCACAUCGUGGACACGAGGCAGCAGGAACACAUCCGGUCAGAGAAACACAUCAUGACCGAGGCGCACUGCGACUUCAUCGUCAGGUUGUACCGGACCUUCAAAGACAGUAAAUACCUGUACAUGCUGAUGGAGGCCUGUCUGGGCGGAGAGCUGUGGACUUUACUCAGAGACAGGGGUUCGUUUGAAGACUCGACCACCAGGUUCUACACCGGCUGCGUGGUCGAAGCCUUCGCCUACCUGCACGCUAAAGGCAUCAUUUACAGAGACCUGAAACCUGAGAACCUCAUCCUGGACGGCCGAGGAUACGCCAAGCUGGUGGACUUUGGCUUUGCGAAGAAGAUCGGGUUCUGCAAGAAGACGUGGACGUUCUGCGGGACUCCGGAGUACGUUGCUCCUGAGAUCAUCCUGAACAAAGGCCACGAUGUCUCGGCGGACUACUGGUCUCUGGGCAUCCUGAUGUACGAGCUGCUGACGGGCAGUCCUCCGUUCUCAGGUCCGGACCCGAUGAAAACCUACAACGUCAUCCUGAGAGGCAUCGACAUGAUCGAGUUCCCGAAGAAGAUCACCAAGAACGCCGCCAACCUCAUCAAGAAGCUGUGCAGAGAUAAUCCGUCAGAACGACUCGGGAACCUGAAGAACGGAGUCAAAGACAUCCAGAAGCACAAGUGGUUCGAAGGUUUCAACUGGGAGGGACUGAGGAAAGGAACCCUGACUCCGCCCACCACGCCUGACUUUAGUACGUGUGUUACAGUCUGUAACACAUCAGCUGAGUCAGCGCUGAGGAGGAUUUGAAGACGUCCCUCGACCGGCCGGCAGCUGCAGGGUUCAGACCUGACAAGGAAUCUGAAGCUUCCAGCAAACACUACAGAGGAUCAGAGCCAGUCCUGAACACUGAGCAACUCUGAGCUGUAAGUUCUGCACCCACAGUGACACAAACGCUCUCUGAGCCACAUCCUGGUUCUGGACUCUGGACUUUUUGUCUGAGUCCCAGCAGAGAAGAACGCUGGGAUUUCUAUGCAGAACAGCUGAGACAAAGAGACCUCCUCCUCCUCCUCCUCCUCCUCCUCCUCCACUCCCUGCUCUCAGACAGAAGCUUCCUCCUGCUGCCGUCACUUCAGUCCUGCAGAACAAAACCAGACAAACAGUGGAUCAGAACCAGCAGGACACGGUUCUGCAGCUGUCAGGUCUCGGUUCUGUCUCAGCAUGUUUAUAUCCUGCGUGUGGAUCUAACGUGUGAACCUUCACUCAUUCAUGUCAGUGUUUCUGUGCGAUCAGCUGAACUCAGUUGAAUAAAACCACAUCAGCUCAUUCGA